ACACAUACUAAUCUCAUGGUUUACUAAAAUUGGUUUUAAUGUUAAACUGGAUUAUUAGUCUAGCACUUUGUGAGUGUUACAGAAAAAAAGUCUAGCACUUUGUGUUACAAAAUUAAGAGCUAGAUAAAAAGGCUCCAUAUAACAUGAAGAGAAAAGGAAAUGUAUAGAAAGGUUUAUGAGUUUUGACAUCAGAGAUAAAAGAGCUUAAACAACUACGCAUUACUCAAUCAACCUUCAUAAUGAUGUCAACAGGAAUAACAUUUAUCGAUGCAAAGAUUUUACAUUUCCUUCGCGCCAAAUGCUGUAAAUCAUGAUAGAAUGCAUCAGGUAACUCUAUAUAUUAAUUUUUAUUAUCUUAAUACCAUAUUUUUGAGCUUGAUUACUACUAUUUCACCAAGAUAUUUGAUAUUAUGCUUUCACAACGAUACGUAAAAUAGAAUCAGGUCGAGAAAAACUCGGACUUCUUUUUGUUAGGACGUCUCACAUUUUCUUUCUAAAUAUUGACUAAACAACGCUUCUCUUACAAAAUCAACAGGCGAUAGCCAUAGAAAAAAAAAAGUAAACGAAGAGCCAAAAAAAGAGGGAAAAAUCAAGAAUUGUCAGAGAGAAAAGAACAGAAGACAAACCCCCACCAUCAAAAUUCCAUUGACAAAUUGACAUCGAUUUUUGAAGAGAAACCAAAAUAUCAUUCUUCUUUUUUCUUUGUCUUAAUCUUAACCUAGUUUGAUCAAAAAGUUUGAUGACAAUGCCAUUUUGUGUAAAGUUACUGAUUCAAGAAGAGAACACGCAACAACAAAAAGCUUCCUCCCUCUCCUCUCCUCUCUUCUCUUAACAUUGAUGACCUUCUUUUCUUCAUAAUACCGUAUAUUUCUAUCUUCCUAUAUCAACCCUUUCCAGUGGUUUGAUUUAUUGUUCAUCGACGUAUUUUGUUCUAUCUAGCGGCCUACAAAAUGGCAGAAAGUCAGGUGAAGAAAAGGUGGCGUUGUGGAUUAUUGGGUCUUGUUGGUAGAUGUGGCUUAAGGUCCAAGAGAUCUACAGCUACAAAUGGUAGCCAUAAAAGCACAAUGAGCAGCAGCAACGCCUCCACAGCCUGCACCCCUAAUAUUCAGUUCACUAAAUCUCCCGGUAUCGAAUUAAACGCCAAAAAGCUUCAAGAACACAAAGUUUCACCUGAGCCGAUCCAGUUACCGGACCAGACACAAAGACCUAUUUCAAACCCCUCACCCAAUCAAAACCCUAAUAACCAACAUUUAGACAAUAACGGGCAUCAACAAGAGAGUAACAAUCUAGAGCCGGUCCAACAACAAGCGAGGAAGGUUCCAAAGGAAGCUAUCGGUUUAUCCGGUGAGCUAGAGAGUAUGAUCAUAGACAACCAGAAAGCCAAAGGGAUUAAUGGCUCUAUGGUUCGAGCAUCUUCAGGCAAUGUGAUGUUGUUUGGCAAUCUUGGGAACUUGAAGCAGCCUGGCACAGCAGCGGUUGGGAACCAAACCAAUGUUCAAAACAAAGAAGAAAGACAAACAUCAUCAGUUGCACCAACAUCGGUUUCAGAUAACCAAGAACAGUCAGGAACUUUGUGUAGGGAGGUAUCCACACGAAUGGAUCCAGAAACGUUAAAGACAAUGGGAAACGAAGAUUACAAGAACGGGAACUAUGUAGAGGCCUUAGCAUUGUAUGAUGCUGCUAUAGCCAUCGAUCCAAAGAAGGCUGCGUAUCGUAGCAACAAAAGCGCUGCAUUAGCAGCAUUGGGGAGGAUCCUUGAAGCAGUGUUUGAAUGUAAAGAAGCAAUACGAUUGGAGCCUCAUUACCAUAAAGCUCAACAUCGGUUGGCUUACUUGUACCUCAGGUUAGGAGAGGUGGAGAACUCGAUAUAUCAUUUCAAGCAUUCGGGUCCCGAAGCAGAUCAAGAAGACGUUUUAAAGGCCAAGACGGUACAGACACUUCUCAACAAAUGCACUGAAGCCAAAAGAUUGCGUGAUUGGAACACUCUUAUCAAAGAAACGGAAAACACCAUAGGUUCAGGAGCUGAUGCAGCUCCUCAUGUAUAUGCAUUGCAAGCAGAGGCUUUUCUAAAGAGCUUAAGACAUCAAGAGGCCGAUGAUGCUAUGUCUAGAUGUCCGGUUUUGGAUGUGGAAAUGAGCACAAAAUAUUACGGACCGAUCAGUUCCGCUGGUUUCUUGGUCGUAUGGGCUCAGGUUCAUAUGUCUUCCGGAAGAUUUGGAGAAGCCGUUGAGGCGAUUCAACGAGCGAACAAGCUUGAUGGGAACAACAGGGAAGUAAGCAUGGUUCUCCGGCGUGCGCAGGCGGUUAUGGCUGCGCGGUCUAAAGGCAACGAUUACUUCAAAGCUGGACGGUUUCAAGAAGCUAGCGCAGCUUAUGGUGAAGGGUUAGACCAUGACUCGAGAAACUCAGUUUUGUUAUGUAACCGAGCAGCAUGUCUGUCCAAAAUGAGCAAGUUCGAUAGAGCGGUCGAGGAUUGCACUGCAGCACUCACCGUCCGUCCUGCGUACACCAAGGCUCGACUGAGAAGAGCUGAUUGUAACGCUAAGCUUGGGAAUUGGGAAUCGGCGAUUAGAGACUACGAGAUACUGAGUAAAGAGACACCGGAAGAUGAGGAAGUGAUCAGAGGAUUGUCGGAGGCUCAAGAGCAGCUUGUGAAAUGCCAAGGGCACCGUGAAAUGGAUCAGGAAGUUACUGACUGAGGAGAGUCUUGUUUUUUUUGGCCGUGAACUUUUAACUUCUAAUCGUUGUAAAUACAAACAGUUCGAGUACUAGUAACAAUAUAGAACAAAGAUUUUAAACUCGUACUUGAAUAUAUCUACUCCCAUAUGAUUAUUAUUUUAUUUUUUCUUCUCUAUUUUGCAUUUGCUUAUCUAAAAGCAUAUAUUUCUACAAACUUAGCCGACAUGAACAUGGAGAUGAUAAUAGAAUUGACAUGUAUUGGAUUACACAUGCACGACUUUAGAAUCUUGUCUGAGUAUAAUACCAAGUAGUAUGUUUCUUUUAUAUUUAACAAAAUUUUAUACUAUGAUAUUAUAACUAAAAGCACAAGAAUCAGGACAAUUAUAUAUUUUCUAAAUAUAUCACUACAAAAAUAAAUUAUAAAAAUUUAAGAGAAAUUUCCUUAGAUAGC